GCGUCUGAAUGUGUUUAUAUAGCAGCGCACGCAGCGAUCGGUUGUCACACGGUCGUUACUGUGUAUUGCUUCUUUGUGCGCUUGAAGUUUUAUUGAGUCCUGUACCUCGCGAAGGAAGCUGUAGGAUAUAUAUAUAUAUAUAUAUAUAUAUAUAAUAUUUAUCAGGGUAUCGUGAGCUAGGUGCGUCUAGCGCGCUUCACCGCAGCGGUCGCCGGCUUCUGUGUGGUAGUUUCUCGAUCGACGCUGCAGGAUGGAGCCUGGAAAAGAAAACCCUCUGGUGCUUUCGUGGCACGACACGGCCUGGCUGCCCGCGCUGGACCCGACCAAUGUGAUGGACUACUUCUCGGAACGCAGCAAUCCGUUCUACGACCGCACGUGUAACAACGAGAUCGUCAAGAUGCAGCGCUUGAGCCCCGACCAGUUGAACCACAUGACGGGACUCGAGUAUGUGCUGCUGCACGCGCAAGAACCCAUCCUGUACGUGGUGCGAAAACAGCAUCGCCACUCGCCUACCCAGGUGACCCCACUGGCAGACUACUACGUGCUAGCAGGCGUUGUCUACCAGGCACCAGACCUUGGCUCAGUGAUCAACUCAAGACUUCUGGGCGCUGCUCACUCGCUACAGGGCGCGCUCCACGAAGCCCUGGGCUACUCAAGGUACCACCCUUCGCGCGGAUACUGGUGGAAUUUCAAGGACACACCUGCUGCUACCACUGCUACGACGACACCCUCAGCUACCAGCAGCAAUGCAGCGGGCAACACCGGCGCUAGCCUGUUCCAACGGCGUCGCGUCGAUAUGCUCUUGGCUGAGCUGGCGGCCAAGUUCCCACCCGAGCCACCCAAGCCCGAGACUGCAGACGUGAAGCCUGCCAAAGCAGCGGACAAGAAGCAGACCCGGCCUGCGUCCUAGCGCACUUGGUGGUGAAAAUUGCGAACACUAACGGCGUCGUUGUGCUAUGCAGUCCACAGGGUAGCCUACUGAAGAACACACCUAAUAUCCGUGUCAAUCUACCGACGUUACGUCUACCUAUGGGCAUUACACUUAAAUUAAGUGUAAUGCCCAUUACACUUUAAUUAAGUGUGUCGCGCACUUAAUUAAAGUGCGCGACGCGACUGGAGUGUCACUUGCAGAAGGUUGUACUCCGGCCCGAGUACAUUCCAUGAACCAGUCUUCUCGUGUAAUGACGGGUAUUGGCUGUCUAUGUUUGUGUAAAAGACAGCUGUGUUUAUUGGCUGGAAAAUAAACACCAACAACAUACCUUUCUUUUUACCUAUUAUUUGAUGUAAAACAAUAACAUUACAGACUAUUAAUUCUUUAUCUACAUCCUCAAUAAAUUGCACUUACAGACUGUUGCCA